AUGUCGGCCAAGGGCAAAGAGCGAGCGCUAUCGCCAGCGAAGGGCGAAGCGCCACACGUCUCCACGCGCCAGUGGAUCAAGUGGGAGGGCGAACAGAGCAGCGAACCCACCAACACCCUCGUCGUCACCUCUGCCGGAAACCGCUUCGUCGACAUUCGCGUGAAGAAAUACGACCCAAACAGUGGCGUCCACGAUUUCCCAGGUCAGAAUGCAUCUACCAACUCGUACUCACACGCAAACGCUGAUCUAUCUCAUCAGGUAUCCAAGGUUUGCACCAAUUGGAUUGGGCAUUCGCAGGCACAUCUUCGUCGGAACGCAAGCAAGGCGAACAUUUCCAGACGCACUCGAAAUGGUUCCACUGGAUCGACUCCAAUUCCGCGCACCCAGACGAAUUCAAGGACGAAGGCACCAUGAUUCCCGAUUCUUCUGGCAGAGUGCUCGAGCACGGCACGAUGAUCCAUCCGGUCAAGGGCGAAAUGACACCAUACACAGAGUGCUGGUUGGAUGCGCCACUGAAGAAGACAGCCGAGCAAGAUCAAGGAAUCUGGAACGCUGUCCUGGUGUUGGACGAACCUGAAAAGAUGCGCAGAGGCAUGGUUAUUCGAGUAGGGCAGGUAUGCCAGGGCAUUUUACGCGAGGGAGCAAGGUUCACGGUGGAGCAAUGGACGUGGGCCGUCGAAGGAGGAUGGAAGAGGUUGACUCGCAUGGGCGAUGACUUCCUCCCGUGCGGCAUGGCAAUGGAUCCGGAGAGAUUGGGUAAGACCGUCACCUUCAAACACCCCGAGGGACCAGACAAAGAUCAUGUCUGGGAGGUAAAGGAGCGCAAAUUCUACUGA